AUGAGCGAUCACUCGCGUGUCUACAUAGGCACGGCCUUCGUGGCUGGGGCUCUCCUGACCCUCGGAGUCAAGGAACUCUUGUAUCCGGAGCUGGAGCAGCGUUUCCGGAACUAUCGCCGUGAAUCCAAUUCGACAAUUACUCUUCAAGAUCUCACCAAAGACGACGAUGUUCCAACUACUAGAUCGGGCCCUCCGGCCAUCGUGGAGGGUAUCGAGGGGUGUAUAGGAAAUACGCAUCUGUUUCGGAUCAAGUCUUUGUCCGAUGCAACUGGAUGCGAAAUUCUAGGAAAGGCCGAGUUUCUCAAUGGUGCUGGUCAAAGUUCUAAAGACCGGGUUGCGUUGAGCAUGAUUCAAAUUGCAGAAGAACAUGGUAUCCUAACUCCUCAUUCGGGUGAUACCGUCUAUGAGGGCACUUCUGGCUCAACGGGUAUCUCGUUGGCUUCGCUAGCCCGUGCUAAAGGCUACUUGGCUCACAUUUGUAUGCCCUCCGACCAGGCAGUUGAAAAGUCCGAUCUACUUCUCAAACUAGGUGCGAUCGUGGACCGUGUUCCGCCUGCUCCGAUUGUCGAAAAGGAGAACUUUGUCAACCGGGCUCGCGCACUCGCGCAUGCUCACACUGCAUCCUCUGCCAAUGUAUCGGAUUCAGACUCCUCCUUUCAGGAGCUGGCCGAGAUCGCCAGCUCUACUCCGGGGAGGGGGUAUUUUGCGGACCAAUUUGAAAACGAGGCUAACUGGAGAGCGCAUUUCAAUGGCACUGGCCCCGAGAUCUACGCCCAAUGCAAUGGCAAAUUGGACGCUUUUGUGGCAGGCGCUGGAACGGGCGGCACGAUCUCUGGCGUGGCGUUGUUCCUCAAGCCGAAGAUUCCCAAUUUGAGCGUGGUGCUGGCCGAUCCCCAGGGAAGCGGUCUCUACAACAGGGUCCGCUAUGGUGUUAUGUUCGAUAUUAAAGAAAAAGAAGGCACGAGAAGACGAAGACAGGUGGACACCAUUGUGGAGGGCAUCGGUAUCAACCGUGUGACGGCCAACUUUGAAGUAGGCAAGGAACUGGUCGACGAUGCUGUUCGAGUCACGGAUGCGCAGGCAUUGGCAAUGGCCAGGUGGCUUGUUGAAAAGGACGGACUCUUCCUGGGAAGCAGCAGUGCAGUGAACUGUUUUGCGGCAGUCAAGACUGCGAUGAGACUUGGACCUGGUCAUCGAAUUGUGACGGUCCUAUCCGACUCCGGCUCAAGGCACCUCUCGAGAUUUUGGGCUAAGGCUGGCAACGUCGGCGGUGCGGUAGACACAAAGCUCGAGGAUGUCUUGAACGCCAAAGAUGAGCAAUAG